UAUGUCCUCUCUGCCCGUUCACCAUUCUGUAACCCUAGCGCCGCCAGGAGCAGCCCGCGUUUCGCGCCGCCGGGCCGCCGCGACAAGCUGGCCGCCACGCCUCACUCCGCCCGAGCUCUGGCAGCACCGGGACGAGCUCCUCUUCUUCCGUCUCAGCCCGAGGUCCUUCUCUAACGCCCCGACUCCGACGGCCGUGCUCCCUGUACACAGAAAAAUCGGAGAAGAAAGGAAAAGAAGGAGAGCUCGCGCCCCUCCCCGCCGCCGCCGCAGCCAUGUCUCAGAAGAAGUCGCGCGGCGGAGCCGCCGCCCGAGAAGAUGCCGAUGAGCUCUCGCGCUCGCCCCUCCAGGCCGUCCUCCUCGCCGACAGCUUCACGCUCAAGUUCCGCCCCAUCACCCUCGAGCGCCCCAAGGUGCUUCUGCCGCUGGUGAACGUGCCCAUGAUCGACUACACGCUGUCCUGGUUGGAGACCGAGGGCGUUGAGGAGGUCUUCGUCUUCUGCUGUGCGCACGCGCAGCAGGUCAAGGAGCACCUGGAGGAGGCGGGCUGGACUGGGAAGCCCGCGGCCCGGGAGAUGGCCGUCAUGGCCGUCGAGUCGCAUGAUGCGAUCAGCGCAGGCGACGCUCUCCGCGUCAUGUAUGGCCGUGGCCUUAUAAAUGGUGAUUUUGUUCUCAUCAGCGGUGAUACAAUCAGCAACAUGAGCUUAAAAGAGGUUCUCCAGGAACACAAGGACAGAAGGAAAAAGGACCCACUUGCUGUUAUGACUAUGAUUAUAAAGCAUUCAAAACCUUCAAUCCUGACGCACCAGACACGUUUGGGCAAUGAUGAAAUUGUUAUGGCGCUAGCAUCUGAGACAAAGGAGCUACUUUAUUAUGAGGAUAGGGCAGAUAGCUCACACCUGUGCGUGACAAUUGAUAAGGAUAUACUGGCCAAUAAUCCUACUCUCCAGCUGCAUAAUAACAUGGAGGAUUGCUAUAUUGAUAUCUGCUCGCCAGAUGUCCUUAGUCUUUUUACCGAUAACUUUGACUAUCAACAUCUCCGGCGUCAUUUUGUGAAGGGUUUACUUGUUGACGAUAUUAUGGGAUACAAAAUCUAUACUCAUGAAAUACACUCCAGCUAUGCUGCAAGAAUAGAUAAUUUCAGGAGUUAUGAUGCCGUGAGCAAAGAUAUAAUACAAAGAUGGACAUACCCUAUGGUGCCUGAUGUGUUAUCCUUUGGUAACUGCCAUGAAAUGAAACUUCACCGCCAAGGAAUUUACAAGGCAUCAGAUGUAACAUCGUCGCAUUCUGCACAAAUUGGUGCGAAUUCUGUUAUUGGCAAUGCAACAAGUAUUGGAGAGCAGUGCAAGAUAUCGAAUUCGGUAAUUGGGGAAGGUUGCAGUAUUGGGAAAAACGUUCUCAUUCACGGUUCCUAUAUAUGGGAUAAUGUCAUAAUUGAAGAUGGAUGCAAAGUGAGUAACUCCUUAGUCUGCGAUGAUGUGCAUCUAAGGGCAGGGGCAAUUGUUGAGCCUGGCUGCAUAUUGUCGUUUAAGAUUAAAGUUGGAAAGAAUGUUGUUGUUCCUGCCUAUUCAAAAGUGUCACUACUUGAUAAGCCUUCAAAUGAAGAUAGUGAUGAGGAACUUGAGUAUGCUGACACCAAUUCUGGAGUUACAGAUAGUGCACCCUUUUCCAGCACGAGGAGUAAUGCCAACCACCCUACCAUCGUAUCCGAAGAUGAUGACUUAGGGGCAUCUGAGACUGGUACCUCUGGUGUCCUUGGUUACAUAUGGGCAAGUGGUGAUGCUGGAAUUCAGGAGGAGUGGAGACAAUCAAUUGCUCCAAUUCCUAAAGAAAAACUUCAAGAGUUGCAGCAUGCAGUUUCUGUUGACGGUGAUGUUGGAUCGGAAGAAGACUUGAACAACUGUCCAUCUGAAGCAGACCGUGACAAUGAUUCUGAGAUUAGUGUGAUUGAGGAUGAUGAUUAUACUAAGUUUGAGAAAGAGGUCGAAGAGACUUUCCAACGGGCAGUUGAUGGGGUUCAUCAAGAUAAUUUGAUACUAGAAAUCAACGCGCUCAGGUUGUCUUAUAGCCUUCAACACGCAGAUUGUGCUGGAGCAGUUUUCUAUUCGAUAAUGAGGGCUGCAUUAGUUGCUGCACAAUCCACUAACGAUAGUCUUCUAAAGUCAACUGCGGACGCACUUACCAAGUGGAAGGAUCUUUUACGCAAUUACACCAAGACAGUUGAUGAGGAGAUGGAAAUACUAUUGAAAUUCGAGGAAAUGUGUCAAGAGAUGACAAAAGAAUUUUCUCCACUGUUUUCAAAGAUCUUGCCUUACCUCUAUGAUAAGGAGAUAGUUAGUGAAGACGCAAUUUUGAGAUGGGCGGAAGAAAAAGAAAAUGCUGAUGAGCCGGAUAAAGUUUUCGUUAAACAGUCUGAUGUUUUUAUUCAGUGGCUCAAGGAAGCUGAAGAGGAAGAUGAAGAUGACGAAGAAGAGUAGAGUUGGAGAUGGUUCAUACUUGCAUCCUUUCGCAAGCUUGGAGAGGGACACUGAUUUGGGUGGUUUCCCGGUGGGAAAGUUUUGGAAGUUUGGAUUUGCCUGUCUCCAGUUUUGUUCCUAACCAAUCAUCAGAGGAAAAAAAAAAAGAGAACAGAGCCGUGGGAUGAACUACUGCAGAGUGUGUGUGUGUGUGUGUGUGUGUGUGUUUGCGGCACGAUAACCUAACCCUUCUCUCCUUGCAUCUAUGGUCUACCUACUAUCCAUGCGCGUGUUCUUUUGCGGCAUGCGUAUGGAUGGAUGUGUGGUGGGGGGUGGGGGAAGGAAAGCAGCGAGGGGGUGCGCUAAUGGCGGAUCAUGUGGGUAGCAUAGGAGUGCAUAUCCAGUGCUAUACUGGGAUUUACAUGCCCCUGUGCUCCCGGGAAGCCUGAACCCUUUGAUCUUCGAUCCAAGAAACAUAGAUGAAGUCCAUGGAAAAUUGCAGAAAACA